AUGCUCUCUCGUCUCUCAACUGUCUCUCUUGCCCUCUUGGCUUUGCCUCUCCUCGCUGCCACAAGCGUAGUUCCUAAACAAUCCACCAACACCACCGUGUCCUGGGGAAAAUGCAACACCGGAUCCGCACAGUGUUACAAGUCUCGAUUCGAACUAAUCGAUAUCGUUCAUCAGCCCAAAUCCAGUGCCGCUCAGAACGUCCUCGGUUUACUGGGGAUUCCAAUCGGCGAUAUCACCGCUGGAGUUAGUCUAACUUGCGGCCCCAUCACGGUCAUUGGUCUUGGCACCACCCAGUGUGCGAACCAGCCCGUUUGCUGUGGCAACAACGACUACAACGGUUUUGUUUCUCUUGGUUGCACUCCCAUCAACGUUGGCGCGUAA